AACUGGCGCGCAGCACGGUAACCGCAAACUUAAAGGCAGUUCGGUACUCGCACGUGGGCCUUCGUUCGUGUCGGAUGUGCGUGCGUACGAAAAAUCGCCAAUUGUAAAGGACACCGUCCGUUACUACGUACGUGUCAUCAACAGUGUUUCGCCGUUAACAUCAUCGUUCAUUAAACGUGUCAGACCUCCUGAAAUUUUCUUCGCUAUCGUAGUAAUGAGUAAAAAUUUUAUCGUAACGCGAACGGCUCUUGUGUGCACUGCUAAUUUUUAACAUCGGUCUUUGUCGUCAAUUAAUUAUCUCAUUAGUUAGAAGGAUACUCACGUUAUUGGUGUGAAUUUCUUCCUGGUGUUUCUCAUUGGGAUUAACAGGCAACGUUUCAGUGAUCAUCAGGUGAUAGUGCUUCGAAGAAUUGGAGAUAACCAAAUCAUCGCUCGUCUAAAUGCUGCUGAGCCUGUGACGUGAUUAGCGUUGACCAAAGUACUACAGAAGGUGUCAAAAUUGAGCAGAUCGUCCUCCCGUCCGGCGGCGGUGAUCUCGCCAAAAUUUGGAGGAUGUUGAUGCCUGGUGCCGCUGGUCUUAGUGCCGUCGGUGCGGUUGGUGCCGUUGGGGCGCCAGGGCCGGACGAAUUAGUCUCGGGCCUUGGCGCGUUAGCCGGUACUACGCCUCAACAAAAAGACACUACAUGGACGAAACUUUUCGUCGGAGGUUUACCUUAUCAUACGACCGACAAAAGUCUCAGGGAACAUUUUAACGUGUACGGCGACAUCGAGGAAGCAGUGGUCAUUACCGAUAGACAGACUGGCAAAAGUAGAGGCUAUGGUUUCGUGAUCAUGGGAGACAGGCCAGCAGCAGAGAGGGCGUGCAAAGACCCUAACCCCAUAAUCGACGGCCGCAAAGCAAACGUCAACCUGGCGAUUCUUGGAGCUAAGCCUAGGGGUAACCUACAAGCGACGUUCCCGUUCGCUGCUGGCAUUCGAGCUGGAUAUCCCGCAGUUCUUCCUGGCCAAUAUGGGGUGCCACCGGGUUACGUGUACCAGUCGCCUUACCUGGCGGCUGCGGCGCCAGGUGGUUUGGUACCGCUUCCGGCGACACAGUUGACCCAUGCAGCGGCGAUGGCAGCAGCGUCUCAAUUUUACGAGUACCAAAACGUCGCGGCAGCGGCCGCCACGUAUCCGGGAACAUCGUACAAUUUCGCCGAGGCGUAUCCUUAUACCAGCGCCGCUGCGGCUGGUAUGUGUUUGAAAAGUGUCCAGAGCAAGGACAGCAACGGGCUGAUACACCACCACCAGCAGCACAAUGGUAGCAGCCCUGCGGUGCUGGCACACCAACGAUUGGAGAAAGCUCUCCUGCCGCCCUUUCUGCCGUCCGUGCUACGUAGCAACGCGAACGCAGCGGCGGCAAGUUACGUGACACCGUAUACGUAUGCAACGCUACCAGGUGCAGCGGCAGGAUUACCAGCAGCAGCGGCUGCAGCUGCAACAGCGGCGGGCGCUGCCUUCCCAGGACUACCAUAUCAAACGACGCCUCAGGAAGCAAGAUUGCAAUAGAAGUUGGAUGAAUUGCCGCGGGGAAAUUGGUACCGUCGCCGAUUGUUCCACGCAGGCAUUAAACUCGUAACACAAAACUUGAUCCUCGCCGCCGUAUAAAUGCGUAGUGUAGUCUUCAUCUGUCUCUGCGUCGAUCCACCUCCUACCUUAUUCGAGAAUCGAAGCAUUAUUCGGAGCGGUUGCACGGCGCACCGAAAGGGAGCCAUUGUUUCAACGACCUAGCUCCGCGUUCUCACGAGCUAAUUUUGGAAACGACGACGCCCAAAGCGGGAGACAGAAAACGCGAGGAAACUUUCGUCGAUGCGAUCUACGUCACCCGAAGGAUCGACGGAUUCACAGUUCCGUACUAAUUUAACCUUUAAUCUUCCCCACCUUAAUCUUCCUUUCCACGUUCUCCUUCGUAGGGCCAAACUUGGCACGCUCGGCCAACGUGUAUACUUUCGAGAUAUACAUGAUUAAAUACGUAACGUUCGUUAGCGUUUUAUGAUUAUUUAUAACCGAUGGAGUACGAUGGGCAAUAGAGAGGCUUUCGACAGAUGCGCGAAACAUUUUACGAAACGUCGGAUUCUUUAUGUCUUUAUAAAUACAUUUGUAAAUGAAAAGAAGAACCGAGAUUGAAAUCUGCAAUGUUGUCAGUUUACAGCUACCUAAGAUACGAACGAAGUAAAGAGAAUUAAUUAUUACUUGCUGUUAAGUAGAAUCGAAAGACUGAUCCGUAUUCAGAAUUGAUAUUGCUCGAGAAGUGUAUUUUUUACCAAAUGAUAAUUGUUGAUUGAAUUGUUUUGGAAGAUGUUUCUUCCGGUGUCAAUGAAUGACUUUUAAUGUUCUUCGUGAACCGUUAUUUUAUUGCUAUUCUCUUCUCUUUUUUUUUUUUCUUUUCUUUCUUUAACGAUUAUUUGAAACGGAGAAUGCGUUGAAACGUAGUUUUGAUGCUUUUAUAGAUAUCAUUUCUGAAUAUUGAUCAAAGACUAUGAACUAUUUUAAAUUUAAGCGUAACGUCUAGUUUAUUUAUAUUCAACUUAUCGAGAAACGAAUGUUUUCCAUUUUAUACGUAGAAGAUCGUUCUUUUUAUAGUCGACAUAUUAGAAAUUCACGAACGAAGUUUUCACAAAGCUUUAAAGUAACUAGCGUCAUGUUUAAAUUGGAAAAGAGAGAACACUCGUCUAAAUAUCUUACUCAGCUAAAUGUGAAGAAACGAAGCAGUUUCUUCUAAAAUUUUAAAAUGUUACUUUUAUCUCGUUUUAAACGAAUUUAGUUUACAUUUUGUAAGAGGUCAGAGAUUAAUCUAAAAUGUACAAAUUUUUAAGAAUUUGUACAUUGUACAUUGUUACAAAUUUUUAAGAAUUUGUACUUUGUGAUCGAACAAUCAAUCAUUUUAUUUCAAAUAUUUUUCAAAUUUCAAUUUAUUAAAGACUUUCUAGUUUUGUGGAAUCAAUACAAUAUUUUUUAUUAAUACAAUAUUUGGGAGGAACAUUUGAGCAAAUAUUCCAGAAUGAAAAUUGUAGAUUCAUUCGUGCGAGGUAUAUUAAAGCGUUUGUAAGUAACGACGAUCGCGUUACAAUUAAACCGAUGUUGCCUUAGAAUCGCGUGUCGGCGAAAUCACCAAGUGUCUUAACUUAUGAUGCCUUUGCAUAAUUUAUAGAUGUUAUUUAAAUGAACAAUGAGGACCAACGGACGAACGAAUCGACGUUGCUGAUUAUCGAAUGUUGAUAAUCAAAAAACUAAACGAAUACCUAUUACAAACAUACAGAAGGAUAACAUAAAAGUACCAAAAUUCUGCUGAUCAACAAAUAAUGAUUGUUUCGUACAAGAGUCUUUAGAGCUUGUAAAUACGAAUUUUUAGUAGGAUUUCAUUUUUAUACUUGUUGAAGCAUCGUCUCUCUUUUCACGCAAGUUACGAUUGACAUACAUUGUUACAGUAUAUUUUAAAUACGGAUCAAAUUUGUCUAAUUGGUUAUUGAACAUCAACGUGUACCACUUAUUCAAGGAGGAAUUGCAAGACGCAAAAGAAUUCGUUCGUCUUAUCUCUUAAAGUGAUCAGGUGCCUUAAUUAGCACGAGUAAUCCUAAAGGUUAAAAACUAGUCAGUGAUUCGUUAGCGCAAAGCAAUUCGCUAACGUGUGUACAGGGGUGAAACUUGAAAGGAGACGAAACGACGAGAUGGGAAAU